UUCACGUGACAGGCAUGGCAAGUAAACGAAAAUCAACCACACCAUGCAUGGUCUUAGCCAACGAGCAGGAUCCGGAUCUAGAAAUGGUAUCAGACUUGGAGGAAGGACCACCUGUACUGGCGCCAGCAGAUAACCCUGCAGCAGAGAGUGUAACAAGUGAUGAGGAUGUUCAUGAGUGUGUGAAUUCAGACAAUCAGAAGAAUGCAAAUAAAGUAGAAGGUGGCUACGAGUGUAAAUACUGUAGUUUUCAGACUCCAGAUCUCAAUCUGUUUACUUUCCAUGUGGAUUCAGAACAUCCCAACGUAGUCCUAAAUUCAUCCUAUGUUUGCGUAGAGUGCAAUUUCCUUACCAAAAGAUACGAUGCUCUCUCCGAACAUAAUUUGAAGUACCACCCUGGGGAGGAGAAUUUUAAAUUGACCAUGGUGAAACGUAAUAAUCAGACAAUCUUUGAACAAACAGUAAACGACCUCACUUUUGAUGGGAGUUUUGUUAGAGAAGAAAAUGCUGAACAGGCCGACUCUUCUGAGGCCCCCUCGUCAGGGAUCUCCAUUAGCAAAACUCCAAUUAUGAAAAUGAAAAACAAAGCCGAGACAAAACGUAUUGCUGUUUUCCACAACGUAGUCGAUGACAUUCCUGGUGAAGAAAAGGGAACUGAAAACGAGCCAAACUCUGAGGAAGUAGUAGAAAACCCACCACCGGUAGUUUCCGAGCCGAAAGUGAGCCACGAGGUGGCUGGUAGUGCAGCAGAUGUGGCCAGCGCGGUCGUGACUCCAGCACCGGUGCUUCAGCCCGGGGUAGCACAGGUUAUAACAGCUGUUACAGCUCCACAGAACUCCAACCUGAUUCCCAAAGUCCUGGUACCUGUAAAUAGCAUUCCAGCCUAUAAUACUGCUUUGGAUAACAAUCCUCUUUUGCUUAACACCUACAACAAAUUCCCAUAUCCGACCAUGUCGGAAAUCACUGUUCUUUCCACUCAAGCAAAGUACACAGAGGAACAGAUUAAAAUAUGGUUUUCUGCCCAGCGUCUGAAACACGGGGUGAGUUGGACGCCAGAGGAAGUGGAGGAAGCAAGGAGGAAACAAUUUAAUGGCACAGUGCAUACUGUGCCACAGACAAUUACCGUUAUUCCGGCACACAUUUCCGCCGCUAGCAAUGGUUUACCUUCCAUUUUACAGACAUGCCAAAUAGUUGGUCAGCCAGGACUUGUUCUCACUCAAGUGGCAGGUGCAAACACAUUACCAGUAACAGCCCCAAUAGCAUUGACUGUGGCAGGAGUCCCAAACCAAACACAGUUACAGAAGACUCAGAUUCACACUGCUCAGCCUAGUGCAGAAACCAAACAAGUAGCUGCCGUCCCAGCCCCUCAGCCUAUCAAAAAUGAAUCCACACUGAUGAAUCCUGACUCAUUUGGCAUUCGAGCAAAAAAAACUAAAGAACAGCUGGCAGAAUUGAAAGUCAGCUACCUUAAAAAUCAGUUUCCUCAAGAUUCAGAAAUUGUUAGACUUAUGAAAAUAACAGGCCUGACAAAAGGAGAGAUCAAAAAGUGGUUCAGCGAUACACGCUACAAUCAGAGGAACUCAAAGAAUAAUCAUGGGAUUCAUCUCAACAGUGAUUCAUGUGCCACCAUUGUUAUUGAUUCAAGUGAUGAAAUGAAUGAGUCCCCAACGGGAGUCACUCCACAGAGCAAGUCAUCAUGGAGCGGUUUUCCUGAUUUCACCCCACAGAAAUUCAAAGAGAAGACUGCUGAACAGCUGCAAGUCCUCCAAGCAAGUUUUCUGAAUAACCCUGUCCUUACUGAUGAAGAGAUGAAUAGGUUAAGAGCCCAAACUAAACUGACCAGGAGAGAGAUUGAUGCCUGGUUUGCAGAAAGAAGGAAAUCAAAUGUCUUAAAGGAAGAGGGAGCUGACUUGAAUGAGAGCAAUGCUGGCAGUUCAAAAGAAGAGGCUGGAGAAACAUCUGUGGGAGAUGGAGCCCCAGGAGCAAAAUCAGGGUGUUCCACUUCAAGCAAAAUAGGCAAAAAAUCACCAGAGCAGUUGCAUAUGCUUAAAAGUUCCUUUGUCCGUACUCAGUGGCCAUCUCCACAAGAGUACAACAAGCUGGCAGAAGAAACCGGGCUCCCAAGAUCAGAAAUCGUGAGCUGGUUUGGAGAUACCCGCUAUGCCUGGAAAAAUGGUGGAUUGAAAUGGUAUUAUUAUUACCAGAGCGCCAGUGCAAACAGUCUGAAUGGCCAAGGCUUCUCAAGGAAAAGAGGGAGAGGAAGACCAAAAGGGAGAGGAAGAGGGAGGCCUCGGGGGAGGCCUCGGGGAAGCAAGAGGUUAAAUUGUUGGGAAAGAGGUGUGUCCGUCAUAAAAUUCAAAACUGGAACAGCAAUCCUGAAGGACUACUAUAUGAAGCACAAAUUCCUUAAUGAGCAAGACCUUGAUGAACUGGUAGCCAAAUCUCACAUGGGAUAUGAGCAGGUCAGAGAGUGGUUUGCAGAAAGGCAGAGGAGAUUAGAACUUGGGAUAGAGCUGUUUGAUGAGAACGAGGAGGAAGACGAAAUGCUGGAAGAACAGGAAGAUGAGGAAGAAACGGAUGAUAGUGAUACUUGGGAACCUCCCCGACAUGUUAAGCGUAAACUUUCAAAAUCAGAUUGA